AAACAUUUAUUGGUGCCUAUGUUGCAGACAGUUGAGGAAAUGGAUGGAGUCAACAAUAGUGGAGUCUCUGAGUUUCUGCUCCUGGGGAUCUCAGACAGUCCUGAGCAGCAGUGGGUCCUGUUCUGGAUGUUCCUGUCCAUGUACCUGGUCACAGUGGUGGGAAAUGUGCUCAUCAUCCUGGCCAUCAGCUUUGAUCCCCGCCUGCACACACCCAUGUACUUCUUCCUGGCCAACCUCUCCUUCACUGACCUCUUCUUCGUCACCAAUACAAUCCCCAAGAUGCUGGUGAGCCUCCAGUCUCAGAACAAAGCCAUCUCCUAUGCAGGGUGUCUGACACAGCUCUACUUCCUAGUCUCCUUGGUGGCCCUGGACAACCUCAUCCUGGCCACAAUGGCAUAUGACCGUUAUGUGGCCAUCUGCCGCCCCCUCCACUACACCAUGGUCAUGAGUCUUGGGCUCUGUAUUAUGCUCCUCACUUUGUGUUGGGCACUUUCUGUUUUCUAUGGCCUCACCCACACCCUCCUCAUGACCAGGGUAACAUUCUGCGGUUCCCAGAAGAUCCACUACAUCUUCUGUGAGAUGUAUGUGCUGCUGAGGCUGGCAUGUUCCAAUACUGAAGUCAAUCACAUAGUGCUGAUUGCCACAGGCUGCUUUAUUUUCCUCACCCCUUUAGGGUUCAUGAUCAUGUCCUAUGUCCGAAUUGUCAGAGCCAUCCUCCAAAUACCCUCAGCCACUGGGAAGUACAAAGCCUUCUCCACCUGUGCUUCCCAUUUGGCUGUGGUCUCCCUCUUCUAUGGGACACUUGGCAUGGUAUAUCUGCAGCCCCUCCAAACCUACUCCAUGAAGGACUCAGUAGCCACAGUGAUGUAUGCUGUGGUGACCCCCAUGAUGAACCCUUUCAUCUACAGCCUGAGGAACAAGGACAUGCAUGGGGCUCUGAGAAGACUCCUCCUAGGAAAAGUUUUCCAGAGGUUGACUUGA